GUCUCAUGCACGUCAUUAUUAUUAUCGCAAUCGGCGGCGUGGCAGUGCUGCGUGCUAGCUAGCUAGGCGCCCACGCGCACAUGGGCGCAAGUUGCCUCAAGCGCCGAGGAUCCGACCGCCUGGUGUCGAUGAUGGGCGCAGCUAUAGCACCGCCAAUCACGACUGCAGCAGCGCGCGGCCCCCCCCCACUCCUUGCGGAUUCGCGUCAUUUGCAUGAUUGCAUGGAUGCUGAACUGCAAGGUGGCUGUGACUUGCUGAGCUUUAAAUCUGGCACGAGCCACUUUCUGAGCGCGUCCGCUUCGAAUCAUCGGCCGAAGCGACGCUGCUUUCCGCGGGAAAUUACCUUCACAGCCAACUGAUGCUGUGUACAGCCGCGAGCUGUCGAGGUCGCUGGACCAUAUAUCGAUCAAGGAUGCAGACCGCAAUUAUGAAAGCCGCCGGAGCGUUGCUGAAGGUGCAUGGAGUUAGGAGCUGUGCUGGGCAGGACAGACGUAGCACAGCCUUCUGUCUGGGCUGUGGGGGAAACCGUAGGUGUAUGAUGCGAGCGCGGGCUCUCUUGG